GCAACGAUGACGCAACUUCCUUACUCUGUUGUCUCACUCCAUUCAAAUGCUUAUUCCUAUGUGACCGUGAUCAGCAGCACGUGGCUGCGGCCUGAGUGGAACCUAGUACUGUUCCCCAAUGUGCCCCAUCUUGAUUACUACGAUGCAGUACGAAAUCAUAGAGAAGCCGCCCCGGGAGAUCGCUUGCUUGAGGCAGAUGUGAUUGCACAAACGGUUGACUUCAAUUCUGCUCGGAUUAUCGCAGCAACAUUCAUGAACAGAAAAUGCUCUAGGAACUCCGAAGUUACCAUGCAGAUAGGAACGCCACUCCAGCCAAUAUCGCCUUGUACCGCAGGACCAACAUCAGUAGACGAUGUUAGCGAUCACUCUCGCAAGAGGGGGCUACCGGCAGACGCCACUCAUGAUGUUCCGACAUCCGUAUCACUGCUUCACGUCGAGCGCACUUCUACCGAUAGACACUGUACAGCAUCUGUAUGUCAAGAAUUAACUGAACCUCACGUGGAAUCAUGGUCUACUGGCGCAAGACAGCUUGAACCUACCGUAGGUAAAAGAAUGACCAGGACCAUAGGUACAAACACGCCUAUGGCUGAGAGCUUCACGACAAACUCAAAUUCUGAUUUCGUACAAUCCUCACACUUGAUACAGCGACUCCUGGCAGACCUCACGGAAGUGAAGGAGGAAAUGACAGAUAUUCGAGAGACGCAAACAUAUGUGGUCAACGAACUCAAAAGCAUAUUUGCGCAUAUUAAGUUACUGAGCGAUGAAAUUCGGCGCUCCGGCAUAACAACCCUGCCUCGUGAACUACCACCGCCAGAUACCACUGUUGACGAAUGAAGCACCCCAUAUGAUGACUACCGCUCAGUUUGAAUCGAUUGCCUUGGUGAUAAGUUUGAAAAAGUCAAACUCCAACGUCG